GCGGGGCCUUCGGGCGGCAGCGGGGCCAUCCUGGCGCGCGCGCGCGCGCGGCAUGGCGGCGCGCGCCUCCCGGCGCCCCCCCGGGCCCCCCGGGGCCUUCUCCCCCGCGCCCGCUCAGCCCCUCUGCCUGGGCCACCCGCGCGAGCCCGAGGGAGGCGCCGCGGUGCGGGCCCGGCUGGCGCGAUGGCCCCCCGCCCGCCAGGCUGCCGCGGCCCGGGCGCGGCGGCGGAGGGGCCUGCCAGCCCCAACGGCGACGCCGACGGGGCGCCAGCGGACACCGAGGCCAACUGCGUCGCCCCAGGGCUCUUCCUCGGGUCGGCGGCGGCUGCGGAGGACCUGGGGGCGAUGCAGAAGCGAGGUAUCUCCCACGUGCUCAUCUGCCACCCGAGCGCGCCGGAGAGGCACGCCCAUCACUUCGCUUACGCCCGCGUGCCCCUGGUCGACCAUUUCGAAGCCAAUCUUUUGGAGCUGCUGCCAGAAGCCCUGCGCUUCCUGUGCGCCGCCCGUGCCGAGGGGCGCAGCGUCUUCGUCUUCUGUCUGCGGGGCGUGUCGCGCAGCGCGAGCUGUGUGAUCGCGCUGCUGAUGUUCGAGCGCGGGCUGGGCUUCGACGAGGCGUGGCGCCUGACGGCGCGACGGCGCCCGUCCGUUUACCCCAACGUGGGCUUCCAACAGCAGCUGCGGCAUUUGCAGGUGCUGCUGGAAAGCGCGCCAGCGGCUGGCGCGGCCCCCCUGCAGGAACGCCUGCACCACCUGGCCGCCGCCGUGCCGCGCGGUCAGCUGGCGCCAGGCGCGGCGGUGGACCUGUGCGGGGGCGUCUGCGAGGCGCUGGACGUGACCCUGGGGGAGCUCCAGCGGCUCGUGGCAGAGGGGCCGCCCGCAGGCCAGGAUCCGAGGCGAACCUGGCUGCGGCACUGGUGGUUCUUCGACAAUCUCCGCAGGUUUCAGAUUGUCCCCGCCGACGCGGCGACACUCCACCGGGCGCAGCUGCUGGCCGACGAGCUGGGGCGGCUCGCGGCCCCCAGCGGCGGCGGCGCGUCGCCGCACGCGCGCGUGCGCGAGGAGAUCGUGGGCUGGGUGGCGGCGGUCCAGCCCCUCGUGGCGCCCGCUGGGUCGCUGGUUGGGACCGGUUACUGCAGCAGCGGCAGCGACGAGGAGAGGCCGACUGGCGGCGGCGCGUCGAAGCGGCCGAGGCUCUCCUGACCGCCAGUCGCUGGUUAGAACUGGCCACAGGUCGCGCCAGUCACGGUGUCGGAAGAGUUUCUCGCACCCAUGGUUUGCGCCGAUUCUCUCGAGCCCACGCCAACCGUUCUUGCCGCGACCUCGUCACACGACGGGAGGGCGGGCUCGCCUCCUCCUCCCUCCGGCGCAUGAGCUCCGCUGCCACCUCCGCGUCGGUCAAGACCUCAGGGUCGGCGGGUAGCGAGCAAGGAAGGGCUGACCCGAGGCUGGCAUGCUGUAAACGGGUCCCGAAGGAAGCAGCUCUUGGAUUCCGGGUUGCCCCCCAGGACCGGUUUUGUCAGGAGCGGAAGAAGGACGUACACGUACAUGAAUCCACGC